AUGGACUUAAUCUCCAUUAUUCCGCCCAUAAUCGGCGUUAUUCUGUUCCCCAUUUUGAUCAUUUUGUGCGGCAACUGCCGCGCCAAACACCGUGCCAAACGGCAGAAGCAUAAGGAUAAAGCUCGAGGAGGCGAUGUCGAAAUGGGUAGUGGGGCCGGCGAAUUGAAGGACGGGAACUUGGUUGUUUUGGCUGGCGCUGGAGAAGAUGUCGGCGCCGGUGGUGCAGCGGCAGCAACAGUGGUUGGUAGCGGGGAUAGGAACAAGGGGGUGGUAGUGGAGCAGCAACCGGAAUCAGCAGUACUAGAGAUGCUGAUAGAUUGUUUUUGCGGUGGUGAUGACAGUGGCGGUGAUGAUGUUGGUGAUAAUGGUGGCGCUGAUUGUUGUUGUAGCGGUGGUGGUGAUGGUGAUGGCGGCGGUUGUGGCGGCGGUUGUGGAGUCAUUUCGUUGUUUUUGUGUCUCAUAUGCAGAAUCAAACGCGAGACAGAUACGGAUGAAGGAGGAGGUGAUGUCGAAAUGGCUACUCCGGCCUCAGAACAAAGAGAUGGGAAUAUCGUUGUUUUGGCUGGGGCCGGAGAAGCCACCGCGAGAGUUGUUGGUACGUACCAGGGUUGUUGUUGCGGUGAUGGUGAUGGGGGUGGUUGCGCGGGUUGUGGUGGAUGUGGAGAUUAA